AUUACUUAGUAGCCUCCGAAAAUUCCAUGUCAUGAAAACCGGCAUUUUAUUAUUUUCCUUUUUUUUUAUUCACAGAUGGUGAUAAUUUUAACUAAAUUUUUGUCAUUUUAUUAAAAAAAUAUAUUUUGCUAUUUAGAUAUAAAGUGCUAAAUUAGAGUAGUAAAUAUUGUGGUUGGAGAAAAACAAGCCAGUGAAGUUGGUAUAGAUCGGGUGUGUGAGACUGCAAGGCCCCGCUGACAAUGAAGUGGCAUCUUUUGUAAAAAUCCAUUCGUAUUUCAACCAAAAUCAAGAUCCAACCGUGAAAUCUCGAUAUAUAGUAUCCGCAAGGGAUGACGGGCAUAUGUUUACCAAAGGCGGUACUGACAAUAUUCCUAUUCAUAUUUAAUGUCGCCUUCCUGAUUUGUGGAAUCGCUGCAAUCGCGGUUGGUGUAAUCGCAACGGUGGAAACCGACACAUUUCGAUCCAUCAGGGAAAUUUCAAGCGACUUUGAAAGUGAAUUCAUUUGCUAUGGACUCAUCGCAUCUGGUGUCUUCUUGCUUGUGGUGGCCAUUUUUGGAUUCGUGGCAAUUUCAAGAGAGGAUAAAGCUUGGGCCCUUGUUUACGCGAUUUGCAUGAUUAUCCUUUUGGCUAUGAACAUUGCGUUAAGCGUGUAUGUUUUGAGGUGGCGUAACACUCUGCAGAGAGGCGAAGUUCGCGAAAAACUUAUACAGCUGUGGGAUCAUAAGAACGGCUCCUUUCUGGAAAUCAGCGACAACAAACUAAAAGCAGCGAAAGUCUACCUAAUUCAGAGAAAAUUCAAAUGCUGUGGAAUCGAUGGUCCGGAGGAUUAUGAACAGAAAGAUUCUACCAAGCAAUCGGGAAAACCACUUCCUGUUUCCUGUUGCCCGAAAAUUUCGAAAAAAUGUUCUUCUGAUUUGACUUACCAUGUUGGUUGCAAUCAAGCUAUUGAGGACAUGCUGAGAAAAUACUCUCACUAUAUUCAAUAUGUUCCGAUCUUGCUUGCCAUUCUUGUAGCUCUUGCAACGAUAUUCGCAAUUUGCUACGCUAGUCGACUAUUGGGAUUAGGUGGCAAGAAACGGAGCGGAUGAUAUUGUGGUUAUUGUUCUCUAAAUACUUGUCAUAAGGCUUACAAAUUUUAUCCGAUUUUAUCGUA